CUUUCGUAUCCGCUUGCCAUGCUGCAAACAUCAGGCAAGCCGGGGCCUCACCAUGCAUCGUACUACCUUGAAAUGACGCCCACUGGCAAAAUACAAAUAGCAAACAGGAUACAUAUGUACCAUGAUGCACCCCAAAGUGACUCGGACGUCCAACUUGUGAUGCGCUUACUACUUCUCCUUCUCUGUGUCUUCCUCUACCUCGUCGGGGUGAUUCAAGCUGCACCUGGUACUAUAACUAAUACAACUGGCAAUGCUAUCACUAGCGACAGUUUUAAAGCUCCAUCAUUCACGACCAGAACCAUAUGGUCCAUCGUCUCCAGCUCCGUUCUCACUCUUUUUGCAUGCAUAUAUAGUGCCAUCCACCCUAAUAUUCCGAGUCCCCAGGACAGCCCUAAUGACAUCCUACUGCGGCGACUUGGGAUGAUGAUAAUGGCACUAAUCGCUCCCGAAUUAAUUGUCACAUGGGCUAUGCGUCAAUGGUUCAGCGCUCGCCUUGUUACAAGAGAGUUCAAGGAAUCGGGGUAUCCCAAAGUUCGUCCAGACUGGAAGCCUGAAGAAAAUGAGUUUGCACCUGAAAAUGACUUCCUUCGCUUCCUCGCGGUGCUGGUUAAAGGUACAUUAUCUGUGCUGGUGUUUCCUUGGCGUUUCCCUGGUGUUCUUGUGAGGUUGGUCAAAAGGUCCGUCAAGGCAUAUUUCUCAAAGAAAUCUGAAGUUUAUACAUGGACUCAGACGCACAGCUUCUUUGUGCUCAUGGGUGGAUUCAUGCUUUAUUUGGACGGGGAACCCUACCUUACACUACGACCUCAUGACAUUCUCAUACUGAUGCGUGAAAGGUGUAUCGACCUCCCUAUUCUAACGGCGAGCCAGAUCUACGACAAGAGCAAAGGGAAUGCGAUAUCAAAAGGAUUGGUCAUGCUUCAAGUGGCCUGGUUCAUCAUGCAGCUCAUCACCCGUGCCAUCUAUCGCCUCGAAACCACCCAGCUCGAAGUUGGGACGCUCGCUUUUGCGGUUCUCAAUUUCCUCACUUAUGCUGUAUGGUGGGACAAGCCUCUCAAUGUGGAAUGUCCACAUCCAGUGUACUUGAAGUCGACCAAGUCGAUACCAAAGGAUAUUUCUGAUCUUCAUGACAGAGACGGACCCGCUCCGAUGGUGAUAUUUUCUGCCCUCGGCCCAUUCAAAGAAUUGAUGGGCGAUUCUGGCAUUCCUACAUCUCGAAAGCUCCGAGUUCCAACAUUUGAUGGUAGCAUCAAACUCAAACCUCUGGACACGAUGGUCAUUCAACUUGCUGCAUUGAGUAUGGCAACCGUAUUUGGCGGCAUCCACUGUCUGGCUUGGUUCUUCACCUUCGUCACGCAUCAAGAACAGCUCCUAUGGCGCAUAUGUGCCCUCGCUAUAACUGGCACGCCCUGGCUUUUAUUUUUUGCGAUUUUCACAUUUGAUUCAGCACAUAAGAUGGUCUUGACAUUUAUAACUUUCCCGAUUUUAUUGGUAUCAAUUCCAUUGUACAUUGUAGCUCGUGCUAUCAUUUUGGUACUCAUGUUCACCACUUUACGCCAUCUUCCUGCUGACGCAUACCAGGCGGUGUCGUGGAUUAGUUUGGUGCCGCACUUAUAGUUGUUGAUCACGAUACCUGUUGUAUACUUCAUACUUUUACAAUAAUGCAGCAACUAUUCCAGGCUCCUAGGUAACCCAAACUACACGACUCACAUGACUUAC